AUGGCGUCCUUAGGCAAUGCCCUUCUCAGUGUUUGCCUAAUUGGAUCGCUCAUCUCGCAGGCCCAAUCCCUCACUUGUUCUUCCCAAACCUUCCCUAAAAGAUCCUUCGCCCACUGCGAGGAUCUCCCCGAGCUCGGCGCCUUUCUCCACUGGACCCACGACCCCAAAAAUUCAUCUCUUUCCAUCGCCUUCAUUGCCACGCCGCCGCACGAGGAGGGAUGGGUUGCCUGGGCUGUUAACCCCACCCACACCGGCAUGAUCGGAGCCCAAGCCCUGAUUGCCUCCCAAUCUGGAGGUACCCCUGCUGUCCGUACCUUCAACAUCUCCUCCUACUCUGUUGUCCUCCCUUCCCACUCCCUUUCUUUCCCUGUUUGGGACGUCGCCGCCGAAUGCUCCCAGGAGCAGUUCACCAUCUUUGCUACUGUAAAGGUUCCAGAGAAGGCUAAGUCGCUGAACCAAGUCUGGCAAGUUGGGCCUGGGGUCAAUCCCCAUUCUGGGAUUCCAAAGGUUCAUGCCUUUGAUUCCUCUAAUUUCAAUGCCGAAAACGAGCUGGUGUUUGACAAGGAGGGUGGUGCUGAUCUUGCCCCACACGCCCACCACGACGCGUCCCCUGCCCCCGAGGCUACCACCACUGCCUCCUCCGCUCCGAGUCGGCUUGCCCAAAUUACAACCAAAACUGAUGUUAGCCCCGGAUGUAGCCCUAAACAUCCCAAUCUUUGUAAGACGCAUGAAGCCAACCCAUAUGAAAGAGGGUGUAAUGCAAUCAAUCAAUGUAGAGGAGGCGAACCCGUUGUCAUAAAUGCUAUUGAAAAAAUUGAUAUGAAACACAACGAUAUCAUAGAAAGUGAAAGAAGUGAAAGCAAGGCAGGAACCGAUGAGGGUGUUGGUAAAUUUAAAGGUAUGGUUAAGGAUAAUACUCGCAAAAUUAACCCUGGUGCGUUAGAAAAUAUUUCUGAUGGAAUUGUUGGAUGA